UUAUUGCUCUGACUCUACCUGACGCAGCUGAAGCAGUGAGUGAGGAAAACCGCCACCAGCAUCCUGCACCAUGGAGGCGGCCACAGCACCAAAGCCAUGGACAUUACAUGCAUUAGGAGGACACUGCUCACUGUUUCCUAUUUUAAUGUUCAUUUUAAGCCAGUGUUGUCGGAUAAGAGCAGAUGAAGGCGGCAUGGAGGAACUUGCCACGGAGAAAGAGGCAGAGGAAAGUCACAGGCAGGACAGCGUGAAUUUACUUACAUUCAUUUUGCUUUUGACACUCACUAUCCUCACAAUAUGGCUCUUCAAACACAGAAGAGUGCGCUUCCUGCACGAAACAGGACUGGCUAUGAUAUACGGUCUGUUGGUGGGUGUUAUUUUGCGAUAUGGCAUCCCCUCCACCAGUUACCAUAAUAAAACUCCUCCGAGUUGCACCCUGCAGGAGGGUCCUGUCAGCACGGUGCUCCUCAACGUUAGCGGAAAGUUCUUUGAGUACACACUCAAGGGGGAGAUCAACCUUAAAGAAAUCCACAGUGUGGAGCAGAAUGACAUGUUGCGCAAGUUGACCUUUGACCCAGAGGUGUUCUUCAACAUUCUGCUACCUCCCAUCAUAUUCCAUGCUGGAUACAGCCUCAAAAAGAGACACUUCUUCAGAAACCUAGGAUCCAUCAUAACUUAUGCGUUCCUGGGCACGGCCAUUUCCUGUUUUGUCGUUGGAAACCUCAUGUAUGGCGUGGUGAAACUGAUGCAGGUUUUGGGUCAACUCACUGACAAGUUCUACUACACAGACUGCCUCUUCUUUGGUGCCAUAAUAUCUGCCACAGAUCCAGUCACAGUGCUUGCGAUCUUUAAUGAGCUUCAUGCUGAUGGUGAUCUCUAUGCACUGCUGUUUGGAGAGAGUGUCAUGAACGAUGCAGUCGCCAUAGUCCUUUCAUCGUCAAUUGUGGCGUAUCAGCCUUCAGGAGCCAACACACACACAUUUGAUGCCUCUGCCUUCUUCAAAUCGGUGGGCAUCUUCUUGGGCAUCUUCAGUGGCUCUUUCGCUAUGGGUGCAGUCACUGGAGUAGUCACUGCCCUCGUGACAAAAUUCACCAAGCUGCACUGUUUCCCUCUGCUGGAGACUGCUCUGUUCUUCCUCAUGUCUUGGAGUACUUUUCUACUGGCUGAAGCUUGUGGAUUCACAGGUGUUGUCGCUGUGCUGUUUUGUGGAAUCACACAGGCCCAUUAUACCUACAAUAAUCUCUCUGAGGAAUCAACCAAACGCACUAAACAGUUGUUUGAGGUGCUGCACUUCCUAGCAGAGAACUUCAUCUUCUCAUACAUGGGCCUGGCGCUCUUCACCUUUCAGAAUCACGUCUUCAGCCCCAUUUUCAUAUUUGGAGCCUUUAUAGCCAUCUUUAUCGGCCGGGCCUUGAACAUCUAUCCUUUGUCUUUCCUGAUUAACCUGGGCCGAAGACACAAAAUCAGGGGAAACUUUCAGCACAUGAUGAUGUUUGCAGGGCUGCGAGGGGCAAUGGCAUUCGCUCUGGCUAUCCGUGACACUGCCACAUACGCGCGGCAGAUGAUGUUCACCACGACCCUGCUCAUUGUGUUCUUCACAGUUUGGGUGUUUGGAGGAGGCACCACGCCAAUGCUGUCCUGGCUACAUAUCAGGGUUGGAGAGACGUCUGCUGCAGAGAAGGAGAGGCUGCGUAGACUGUGGAAUUAUGUCAGAGUUGGAGUGGACCCUGAUCAGGAUCUUCAGCCAUGUGGGGACAGCUUCCAGGUCCUUCAGGGAGAUGGAACAGAGUCAGAAGGACAGAGCAAGACCAAGCAAGAGAGCGCCUGGCUUUUUAGACUUUGGUAUACUUUUGACCACAAUUACCUGAAGCCUAUCCUGACCCAUAGCGGUCCCCCUUUGACCUCCACUCUGCCGGCCUGCUGCGGUCCUCUAGCUCGAUGUCUGACCAGCCCCCAGGCCUAUGAGAACCACGAGCCGCUGCGAGACAAUGACUCAGACCUCAUCCUGAACGAAGGAGACCUGGCGCUGACCUAUGGCGACACAGCCAUCACAGCCAACGGGGCCUCGUCCUCCUCCGGCCCCGAAGGAUCGGGCAGCAGCUGGGGUGUGAAUGGCAAACGCAGCGACAGCACGUCAGAGGACGCUCUAGAGCGAGAACUGGACACGCGUGAACAUGAGCUCUUGAGCCGCGGCACACGUCUCGUUUUCCCCAUGGAGGACCACGCUUGACCCCGCCUCCCAAACCUUAAACCACGCCUCCCUGCGCUCCAUACCUCCACUUUCCUUGUACAUUGAUCCAUCGGACCACCCACGACCCCUCCAAAGAUCUCAUGCAGGGGGUCUGAACACUCAAGGGAGAUCAGGAGGGUUUGUUCUCAUAAUUGAUGCUGUGGCAGACUCCGAUUCCGUGUCUGCCCCUGAAAAUGUGAUUUGUAGAAGAAAAAAUAUAAAAAACUGCAUAUCGGACAGCUUUGGACACUGAUUGUCCUUAUUGCUGUCAUUUAUGAUGAGGGAUUGAUGCCGAACGAUCUCUGCUGCCCUUAACAUUCACAUUCAUACAAUCUCUCACACACACUGCCCGCAGCAUAUUAACAGCCAUUAUUAUGGUAAUAAUUUGCAUUUAAAUGCUCGUCUUUCCCAUCAGGCAAAUAAGCGUGCAGCUCAUAAAGUUUGUAAAUAUUCCAUGGCAGUGGUGUUCGUGAAAGCUCACAAACACAAUGGCAACAUUGACACGAGUGCAUGCUCAUCUCAUGACUGCAUACGGGAACCUUGUAAUACUUAACUCUAGCGAGUUGGAGUUUACACUUCCUGCAAUAUCUUGGUUGUACGAAUGCCAAGUUGACAAGCCGGUCGUUGUAAAUAUGAAUGUUGACCUGCACAGCAGUGGGACAGCUGGAUGCAACAAGAAUGCAUGAGCCAUGCACUUUAGCUGCAGUCCUUGCAUGUUUUGCUUUAUUAUAUUAGCAUAUUAACCACUUGCACACUCUCAGCCAGAAUUUGUGAUGCAGAACAAUGUAAUUAUCAAGGAGUCUUCAUAUCUGCAUCAAACAUUCCUUUUGCGCCUCCUCACAUUAGAAUGUUCUUGAAGGUGGAUCUUUCCAUAUGUAUGAGUUGCUGCUAUAUAGCAGUCGGCGAUUCCUAAAUCAGGAAUCUGGAGUGUUCGGCAUGAUGUUGAUCCGGCUCUUUAUCUGUUCAUACAGUAAACGGGUGGCCUUGUGCCAGUAACCGCCAGUGUGCAUUCCUUCCAUCCUCCGUGUCUAGAAAAGAAUAAUGUUAAUGAAUGCAAGUCUAAAGUCCAAGAGUUUAGUUAAUAACUAAGUCAUCAUUCAUUCCGAUUUAUACUCGACACAAUAAACUAACUUUGCACUCUUUCCAUUCAGUAACCUUUACAAUGGUCUGCACUUGCGCCUGUCUGCUUGAGUUGUCACUUCAACGGAAUAUAGUUCAACAUCUGAUCAGAACAUAAAUGUGAAUCAAGGAGAUUUGCACUAUUUAUGUGGCGUUUCGGCUAGCAAAUGAGCCUCGCGGGCUUCGUGGCAAUCGCCGUUUGAGGCGCAGAACCUUAAACCGGCUGUAGCAAGACUGAAUUUGCAUGUAAUCCGGCUAAGAAGUCACUCCUCUUCUGAAUGACUCUUUCAACCUGUCUGAUAGCUUUUUUUUUUCUGACCAUACUAUGGUGGAUUUGUGUGUUCCUUCAGGAUAUGUAUCAGCAUUCAUCUUUUACUUGCUGUUGUGCAUGUCAGUAUAUAAACAAACAACAAAAAUCCAUAAUCAAGCUGCCAUUUUUUUGUCUGUGAUGUAUGAAACGCCAAAACGCUCAGUUUUCCCAUUUGAAUCCCUAUUAAGAUACACUCAGCCUGUUAAAUAAUGCGAAAAAACUGUGGUAUGGAUUGUAGUUUAUCAACUGUACGUUUGUAAAAAAUAGCCAAUGUAUCAAAGUGGGCUGCCGUAGCAAUACCUAAGUAAGGUAUUUGGUUUAUUUUAUGUCAUUAAAUAAGAAGAAUAAUAAAACAAGAAAACUAGUGUUUACAUCAAAAAAGUAUGUACAAGUUUUAUUUAUAAAUAACAGAUUUGUUCAUGUAUUAAUUCUGAUGGUUCACGUAACUUUAGAGUAAAUGGUGUUUAAAAUGACAAAAUGACGUUAACAAAAUGAUAAUAGUGUCAAUGUUGUUGAGCAGUAAAAGCACAAAAACACCAGACCUGUAUCCUCAAAGAAUGAUUGUGUGUUUUAGUUUUAGAUGAGACGUUCUGCCUAUUUAACCAUUCAAAUUGUAAUCCUAUCCUCUUCAUACACAAAUGAACACAACAAUUCUGCACAGUCUUAACAGCCCAGUGCAGACUUCGUACGAAAAGAACAAACUGGUGAUGUCCAGGGGGAACUGGGAAAUCUCACACCAGUGGGAGUGCUGAGACUUAGGGGAGAGAAAUCAGAAUUUCCUUUGGGGGAAAAUUCUUUCUCCACCCUUAAAUUUCUCUAGAUCUUCAGUUCACUGAAUUGCUCUUUGUGCUUCACAGAUAAGUUCUUCAUUCAUGUUUUUUUGGGCAGUACCACAGAAACUGGAGUAUCCUCGAUGCAUAAUGCUCUUUUCAUACAUUGAUGAUGAAUACAGGAAUGCCUAGGAAUGUUUUCAUUAUGAAAUCCUCCCAGCGAACUGAACACUCAGUGGGAUGUCUGUCUGUCUGCGGGCCUAGUGCAUAUGUAACAGCACGAGUGCACUUGUGUGUCUGAUUAUGGGCUGCUGGGGAUUGGGCAGGGAUUAUUGCGGAUGAAAUCUGGCUGUCAGGACACAAGCCGUGCUGAACGUGUUUCCCCUCUUGUUAUUGUUAGUCUUUUUCUUACAGGAGUCUUGUCAG